AUGGAGAAGCUGAAUGUAUGUCCUCACAACCAGUAUGUCACCUCCGUCUGUUGUGAUGACUCACCUGCCAUAUCAACUGCUGUUGCACCUGUGCUAUGACAACAUCACUGUCAACUGCAUCCAGUGUAAGCAAGAGAAUGGGUUCGUUUGAGUGUUAAGGCGAAAGCAACCUACUAUAGACAAAAGUUUAGGAGGUGCAUCUGCGAUAGCCGAAAGUCAGACACCGAUGUGGUUUUCCAACAGCAAGGCAUAGUGCAACAUGGCAGUGUUUCCAUUGUUUAUAAAAGUUAUUUAUAUCCCUUCUAGGCAAAUCCUCACCUUAUCUUAGCUCAUUGGUCACCAUAGCAACAUUCACCCGUAGUAUGCGUUCCAGCAGGUAUAUCUCACUGGUCAUCCCCAAAGACAACACCUCCUUUGGUCGCCAUUCCUUCCAGUUCUCUGCUGCAAAUGACUGGAACGAACUGCAAACAUCUCUGAAGCUGGAGACACUUAUCUCCCUCAUUAUCUUUAAGCAUCAGUUGUCAGAGCAGCUUACCGAUCACUGCACCUGUACACAGCCCAUCUGUAAUUAGCCCACCCAACUACCUCAUCCUCAUAUUGUUAUUUACAUUGUUUUUUAUUUUGCUCAUUUGCACCCCAGUAUCUCUAUUUGCACAUCAUCUUCUGCACAUCUAUCACUCCAGUGUUAAUACUAAAUUAUAAUUGUAAUUAUUUUGCACUAUGGCCUAUUUAUUGCCUUACCUCCAUAACUUACUACAUUUGCACACACUGUAUCUAGAUUUUCUAUUGUGUUAUUGACUGUACGUUUUGUUUACCCCAUAUGUAACUCUGUGUUGUUGUUGUUUUUUCCGCACUGCUUUGCUUUAUCUUGGCCAGGUCGCAGUUGCAAAUGAGAACUUGUUCUCAACUGGCUUACCUGGUUAAAUAAAGGUUAAAUAAAUAAAAUAUCGGAAUCAACAGUUCUCCAACCCCCAUAUCACAGACUCACAAACUGUAAAUAUGUGUGUACAUUGUACAAUCAAUUGGUGAGAGCCUCAAAUCACAUUUAUUUGUACAUAUCCACUGUAUACAUGAAUUGCGGCAGAGUUGGUCCCUGUUUCAGUCACGUCUUUGGUCACGUUCACGUGGGUCAAACAAAAACACCCUAAUGAUUGGUUGACAAAAGAGCCUCCCACAAUGCAGGCGAUGGCUGCAGGAUGAAGUUGGAGAAGAGCAACUGCAGAAACUUUCAGUCGGCUGCCGUCAACUUCAUGACCUUUGAUCACAUUAAUUUUGUAAAGUCCAUGCAGUCGACAUGUACUGUAGGCGUAAGUCUGACAAUUUUUAUCCCCAUAAUGCAACACACUUUGAAAAGCGGUGACCAAUUAUGGUCACUGACUAGACAAAAGUGAUCCACUCGAACGCACCCACAGUCUUCUAUAGUAUUGGCUCAUAUGUCUGAUCUGCAGUGGGAUUUGCCAUGUAUAUCAGUAUGAUUUUAGACAGGCUUGGACAUUAAUUAAGUGGGCAAUGGUUUCCUUUGUAUAAAUACACACACAUUACUCUGUAGGCUAUGUCUAUCUGAUGUCUCCUCUGGGUGACCUGAGUAAGUUUGGAAUUAUACAUGAAAUUGGAAAUAUCUCAUGUUAUUGAACUCUUCAUCAGUGACUCCCAAGUGUCGUCUAAUAAACCUGGAGAUACUGGCUAAGCACAAGACAGGUACUAUGAUACCUGGGGGGAGUUCAGGGAAAAGGACCAAUCAGACUGUGAUGGAGCUGGUAGGUUCAGACCUGACAAGACACGGAGCCCCCUCAUGGAUGACAGACGUCACAGUCCAGUGAGUAAAAUCAUGAAGGAAACAAUUUAUUGUUAAUGUUUUACAGUGUAUUAAUAUUUGUAAAAUAUAUGCUAAGUGAUCAAUAAUUAUGUUCUCUUUCAUUUGUAUUGUCAUUGAUAUUCAAUUCAUAUUUAAAGUGGAGUUCACAACUGUUGCAAAAACCAAGAAUUAGAUACGAAGGUAUGCAUCCUUCCUUUGCAUUUUUUAUUAAAUAACACUGUUGGUAUUAAAGCUGGACACUGGAUACAACACAGAUCUUAUACAUAUGUGUGAGUAAGCAGGCACGUUUUCUAAUACAUGAUUGUUUGGGAUUGUGUGUGUGAGAGAGAUCUGUCUUUAUGAAUGUGUCAUCUGUGCCGGUCGGCCCCCUCCUCAGGUGCAGGAGCUGUACCAGAUAGUGUCCAUCUGCCUGACUGACAACAGGACAGACAAAGAGCCAGUGGACAUAGCAACUGUGGCCUACUACAUUGAGAUGAGACAUUUUAAUGUAAGAGCUUUAUCUGCUUUAAGACCCUUCAAAAAGGCUCUCUGUUUGAUUGUAAAUUCAUUGAAUAUCUCUUUGUAACGUUCUAUUUAAGGGCUUCAUAUUUUAAGAAAUAAUUCAAAGGAAAGGUGUUUUGUAUAAAGGUCUGGUCAAGCUGGUAUGUCUGGUGAUAUUUUGCUUUAACUACGCAGUGAAAUGUAACUGUGUUGCCAUCCCGUCUAGUUGAAAAGCAAAACGUUUGGGCUCGAGAUGGACGGCCGGAGACUAGAGGUGGCGAGGGACUCCGUCAAGAUCCUAUUCUUUCACCAUGAGCACCCACACAUGGACAUGAAGACCAUCAAUCCAGGCUUUGUUGCCCUCAUCCUUGCUCUGGACAUUAUUAUUGGUGUUUCUGAGUGA